AUGGCUACUCCUCCUGUACUCGCUUUUGAUGCUGAGGGCCGCCCAGUGAAGUUUGACACCUGGCUCGAUGACCUGCACCUCUACCUACAGCUCACUGCCAAGGAAGAUAUUUCACUGUACGAUCACGCCCUAGGCCACGCUACUGCACCUCCUACUACUGCUGACAGCACUCAGCGCUCACAGUGGCAGACUCGUGACGCUCACGCUCGCUUUGCCAUCCGCAACUCCCUACCGCUAGAUGAGCGCGAGCACUUUGGCCAGCACAAAACUGCUAAGGAACUGUACACUGCUGUAGUUGCUCGUUACUCCUCGCCUGCUUCUGCCGCACUAGGCCGCCUCUCCCUCCCCUACCUGUUCCCCGACCUGGCCUCCUUCCACACCGUUGCUGACCUCAUCACCCACCUCAAGACUAGUGAGGCCCGCUUCCGCGCUGCUAUGCCUGCCGAGUUCCUAGCUAACAACCCCCCCCCGCUCUGGCUCGUUCUCUACCACCUAGUCACCCGCCUCCCUGACUCUCUGCGCGCAGUCAGGGAUCACUUUCUAGCUCGCUGCCCCACUGAGCUCACCAUUGCCCUCCUCGAGAAGGAGCUACUUGCAGCCGAGGCGAGUGUCGUCGCUGUAGGUGCCUCUCGUGGUGACCCCCGCACUCCUUUCUUUGAGGGGUGUUCCCCUUCCCCUCUCCUCCCCUCUGUCGCCUCUGCUUCUGCUGUCGACCUUCUUGGUGCUGAGAAGGUCGGGACCGCGUCUGCUUCGAGCGGGCGCCGCAGGACUAGAGGGGGCAAGGGUGGAGGUGGCGGCGGGGGAGGCGGGGGUGGAGGCGGUGGGAGUGGAGGAGGGGCUGGAGAGGCUAGUGGCGGCAGUGGGGGUGGUGACGGCAGCGGCGGGGGCGGUGGCAGGGGCGGGGGCGGCAGCGGGGGCGGAGGUGGUCGUGGCAGCGGCAGGGGAGGCGGUGGUCGCGGAGGUGGCGGCAGUGGUGGUGGCCGUGGAGGCGCUGGCGGUGGUCUGAGCCAGCAGCACACUCCGUCGCUCCAGGAGGCCCGUGAGUGGUAUGCCCAGCGUCUUAGCUGCACGUAUGUCAUCCGCACUGGUGACCGUGCUGGUCAGCAGUGUGGGAGGCCGCACCCCACGCAGCGCUGUUUCGCGCGCCUUACCGACGCUUGGCGCACCCAGUUCCCUGAUGGCGCUGAGCUGCCCCGCUGGGCUGAUCUGGAGAGGAAGGGAGUUGAUAUCUGGGCUCUAGACUUUGAUGCUAUUCUCACUGCCAUGUAUGCCAUGUUUACUAGUGGAGAGGGUGCUCAGUACUUGUGUGUUCCGCCCGACCCGGACAUCCUGACCAGUGAGGCUGCCACUCCAGGUGCUAGUGAGACUGCCGCUGCAGGUACUUGCGUGUCUGCUCCCUCAGGUGAUGGUGAGGCUGUCGCUCUAGGUGCUCGUGCGUCUGUCCCCCCUGGUACUGAGUCGACUGAGGCACUACACACCUUCACCCUUGACUCAGGUGCUUCACGCUGUUUCUUUCGUGACCGCACUGUCCUUGAGCCACUUGCUCGGCCAGUUGUUGUCUCCCUCGCUGACCCCUCUGGGGGUCCGGUCAUUGCGACCUCCUCCACUGUCCUUCCCUGUCCAGCGGUCCCGUCCGGCACACUGUCAGGGCUCUACCUCCCCUCGUUCUCCACGAACUUGGUGGCAGGUAGCGCGCUCCAGGACGGGGGUGUUCACCAGUUCACCCCUGCCUACGAGCGUGUGACACACUGCACGUGUGCUCGGACGGGUCGUCACCUGGCUACCUUCACUCGGGAGCCAGGGUCGGACCUGUACACACUGACCACUGGGUCCCCACAGGUGGCUGCGUCUGCGUCUGCGUCAGGUCAGCUGUCCGCCCCUUGCUCGUGUCGGUCUCUCGCGCACGACACCGUCCUCUGGCACCACCGACUUGGCCACCCGUCCGUGCAGCGCCUUCGGACCAUGCACCAGCGGUACCUUGUCUCUGGUCUUCCCAGGGUUCUCCCUCCCCUCCCACCCUCGCCGGCUCCUCCCUGUAUUCCCUGUGUCGAGGGGCGGCAGCGCGCUGCUCCUCACUCUUCUGCGUUUCCCCCGACGGAGGCUCCUCUGCAGACACUCCACCUGGACGUGUGGGGCCCUGCCCGCGUCCGUGGACAGGGCGGGGAGCGCUACUUUCUGCUGGUAGUUGACGACUACACGCGCUACACCACGGUCUUCCCCUUGCGCACCAAGGGUGAGGUCCCUGAUGUCUUGAUCCCUUGGAUCCGUGCUACUCAUCUCCAGCUGGAGCGGCGCUUUCGCUCGGACCUUCCGGUCCUGCGACUGCACUCUGAUAGGGGCGGUGAGUUUUCCUCCGACCUCUUGAGCGCCUUCUGUCAGGAGGAGGGCAUUGAGCAGACGUUCACGCUUCCGGCCUCUCCGCAGCAGAAUGGGGUUGCUGAGCGCCGCAUUGGCCUGGUCAUGGAGGUCGCUCGUACCUCCUUGGUCCAUGCGGCUGCCCCCCAUUUUCUGUGGCCGUUUGCUGUCCGGUACGCCGCGCAUCAGCUCAACCUCUGGCCCCGUGUCUCCGCUCCGGAGACCUCGCCGACACUGCGUUGGACGGGAGAGGUUGGCGAUGCGUCGGUGUUCCGCGUCUGGGGAUCUCGUGCCUUUGUCCGCGACACGUCCGCGGACAAGCUCUCUCGUCGCGCUGUCCCCUGUGUCUUCCUUGGCUUUGUCCCUGACGCGUCUGGCUGGCAGUUUUACCACCCUGUCUCGCGCCGUGUCUUCCCCUCUCAGGACGUCACGUUCGACGAGUCGGUCCCCUUCUACCGUCUCUUCCCCUACCGCACUGCCCCGCUCCCCCCUCCGCCUCUCUUCCUCGCGCCAGGUGCUGCUGUUGUAGAGCCCCUCCCCCCUCAGGGUGCCGCUCCCUCAGGUGUGUCUCAGGUAGACCCCGUUGAGCCUGUCGAGGUAGCCGACAGGCUCACUGCUCCUUGUUGGUGA